AAGUAGGAGCAAUACUAUGCUGAAAAGAAACAACAAGAGAAUUGAAAUUCACUCAAAAAGUCUUUUUUAAAACAGAAGAUUCAUGAACGUGCAAGUAGGGGCAAUACUAUGCUGAAAAGAAACAACAAGAGAAUUGAAAUCUAAAUCUUUGAUGAUGCAAAUGCAGAAACAAAAGCCAAAAAGUGUCAGAAUCAGGAUGUACGAAAACAAUCUCUUUCGUGAACCUGAUCUGAUCGAUCUAGUCUCCAAUUUUAUCAUCACUCGGUUACCUCCCCAUUUUCUCCUUAGCAUUUCCACACUUAACUACCUCCUCUUCUCCUCCUCCUUUUCCACUCAGUCACUGAUUUCUGGUUCAGCUGUUGAAUUCUCACUAUUUUUCAUAUUUUUCCCUCUAAUCCUUGAAAGAAGAAGAUGUCGGGUAUGGAACAGCGUUUUGGAGGGUCGUCCUUUCUUCAGGGGGCCUUGGACAGGUUUUGGUCUCCUGAGUUGCUGGACUUCAUUCGCCAAUGGAAGAUAGACUUGGAUCAAGUGGAGUCACUGAAGAGGAUGUCAGCCAUGAUUGAGCACUUAUUUGACGAAGCUGAGGUGAAGCAGUUCAGCAGCAAUGUUGUGAAACUUUGGCUCCAUCACCUCAUACAACUCCUCUAUGAUGCAGAGGACAUACUUGAUGAGUUUGCUAAUGAACUUCAACGGCUUAAAUUGGAAUCUGCUCAUCAAACCCAACAGUCUGGUAGAGAGUCUAUGGUUAAGGACAUCAAUGAAACUUUAGAAGGCAUAGAUCAGCAUCCUAAGGUUUAUAACAUCGCGAAAGAGCUGCAGGGAAUUAAAAGAUUUGGAUCAAAAGUAAAGGAUAUCCAUGAGAAGUUAAAAAGUGUAGUACAAGAAGAUGUUGCACUAGGACUGAAGUCGAGCAUGGGAUUUGGGUCAUCAAGGCCUAAGGUAUUCAGUGAAAGGCCACCGACGAGUUCUUUGGUGAAUAGUUCUAAUGUUUUUGGCAGAGACGAAGAUAAGUGGAAGAUUGUUAAAUGGUUGCUAUCUGACAAAAUUGCAAGUCCAAGUAACAUUAAUGUUAAUAAUUUAUCUGUUCUACCCAUAGUCGGCAUGGGUGGAGUUGGAAAGACUACUCUUUCUCAACUUGUUUAUAACGAUCAGAGAGUUGAGAAACAUUUUCAAUUGAAAGCUUGGGUAUGUGUGACGGAAGACUUUGAUGUGGUGAGGUUAACUAAAGAAAUUCUGGAGUCCGCCACUGGGUCAUUUCCUUCUUCUAAUUCAUUAGACUUGCUACAACUGAAACUUAAAGAAGCAUUGAGCAACAAAAGAUUCUUAUUGGUUUUGGAUGACAUGUGGAAUGAGGACUAUGAGAGUUGGGAUGUCUUAAGCACCACUUUUGCGUUUGGUAAACCAGGAAGCAAGAUAUUAGUUACAACACGGAACAAAGGUGUUUCGUCAAUCGUGCGCACUGUAGAGAACGAUCAUGAUCUAAAGGGUUUAUCUGAUGAUGCUUGUUUUGCAAUGGUUAAAAGGCACGCUUUCGUGGAUGGAAAUUCAUGUGAUGCAAAUCAAAAGCUGGAAUUAUUUGGACAAGAAAUUGUGAAUAAAUGUAAGGGUUUACCUUUGGCUGUAAAGACACUUGCAGGCCUUUUGCGAGAUAAAAGGGAAAAUAGUGAAUGGAAAGAUAUUUUGGAAAAUGAAAUAUGGGAUUUAAAAGAAACUAAGAUCCUUCCAUCACUCAUAUUAAGCUAUCAUCAUCUUCCACCACUUUUGAAGAGAUGCUUUCAAUAUUGUGCUUUGUUUCCCAAAGACUAUGUAUUUAACAAGAUUGAAUCAGUCAUGUUGUGGAUUGCGGAAGGUAUUGUUCAACCAAAAUCAAAAGUGAAGAAACGGGUGGAAGAUAUAGGGGUUGGAUAUUUUGAUGAACUAUUUAUGAGGUCCUUCUUUGAGUUAUCUAAUCUGAAACCUUCUAACUGGUGGACAUACUCUUUUGUUAUGCCAAAAAGUUAUUUUACAUAUGAUACACAAUUUAAUGACUUAUCAAUAGAAUUUAGCAUCAGGUCAUUUUUUGAGUCAUCCAGUAACACAGGAUCAGGAUUUGUGAUGCAUGGUCUAAUCCAUGACUUGGCAGAAUAUGUUUCUGAUGGAAUAUAUUGGAGGAGAGAGUAUGAUAAACCAUCCAAAGUUCUUACAACCACUACCCGUCACUUGUCUUUCCUUACAAAGAAUUUUAAUGUUGAAGUGUCAGAAUCUGAGGCUAUGAAUAAAAGCUUACGCACCAUUGUGGAUGUAGACCUCCCUUAUGGUCGUGAUGUGCAGGUUUUGACCACCAUGAAACUCCAAUUCCUACGUGUGCUACGUUUAAGAAAGUGUUGCAAUCAUGAGUUGCCUGAAUCUAUUGGCAAGUUGAGACAUCUAAGGCUUCUUGAUCUCUUGGGUUCUAACUUUGUGAGGUUACCUGACUCAAUUACAACUCUUUACAAUCUACAAACAAUGGUCCUAAUUGGCUGCUGGAGUCUUAAAGAGUUGCCUAAGGGUAUGGGUAACCUCGUAAACCUUCGACAUCUUUUUCUUCCCAUAUGGUCGAUAGAUGAUGAUUCCUAUAACAUACCAUUAGGAGUGGGUAACUUAACUAAUUUGCAGACAUUGAGCACAUUCGUUGCGGGAUCAAAAAAUAGUAGUGAAUACUUGAGGUCCUUUUCCCAACAACUUCGUGGGAGUCUGGAUAUUACAAAUUUGGAAAAUAUAGGCAAUAAUGUGAUAGAAGCCAUGGCGGUCAGUUUAAAGAACAGCCCACACCUUCUCGGGCUAUGGUUGCGUUGGAGUCAUUAUGAAACCAAAGACUAUUUUCCUGAUUUGGGGAGAUAUGAGAAGGCAGAGGAGGAUGUACUUGACCACUUACAACCUCCUACAAAUCUUGAAGCAAUAUGGAUUCAAAACUAUGGUGGUACAAGAUUCCCAAACUGGAUGGAGCAUCCUUCCUACUCUAAUUUAAAGACCGUGAGUCUCCUUUUUUGUCGAAAAUGCAAGUUCCUACCUUAUCUUAGGCAACUGCCAUUCCUCAAACACUUAGUCAUCUACGGCUGCAGUGCUAUAAAAAUUAUGGGAAGUGAGUUAUAUGAGGAUAUGUCAUCAGCAGUUAAUAAGCAAUUUCAAUCAUUGGAGACGCUACGUAUUAAAUGGAUGGAUGAGUGGGAGAAGUGGACCGAAGUGGUGGAAAAAGAUGAAAGUGUAGGACAAUUCCCUUGCCUCCGAGUGUUGAUUAUAAAAAGUAGUCCCAAGCUAAGGAUGUUCUCUCACCACUUUCCUAGCUUAGUGGAAUUGAAAAUAAAAGAUUGUGACAACCUAAGUGAACUACCGCGGAUUCUUCCUUCGUUACAACAACUCAGUAUCAGUGAAUGUCCUAAAUUGGUGGUAAUUCCGAGUCUUCCAUCCAUUGAGAGGUUGUAUUUAUCCAAAUGUGAUGAAAUAACUACAUUGUCUACAUCUAACCACCCAUCAUCAGUAGCAGCAGCAGCAACAACAACAACAACAACAAUGGUAGCAACAUUAGCACCACAGAUACAUGACUCAUUACCUUGCCUCCGUGAGCUAAAAAUUAAAUGUUGCCCCAAUUUGAGAGAAUUACCAUGCAUCCUUCCUUCUUUAGAGUCACUCUCACUAGAAGAUUGCAAGGAACUUUGUUUCCCUCCCAUGCUUCCAUCUAUCAAGGAGUUGACAUUGCAGAGGUGCAAGGGGAAGGCACUACUCAACAACAAAACGGUGCUUCAUCUCUCAUCACUUUCUUCCUUGACAAUUGAUGAUGUGUCAGAUCUCAAAUCUCUGCCCAGUGGAUUUAUGCAACACCUGACAUCACUUCAAGAGUUAAAUAUCUAUUGGUGUAAAGAGCUUACAGUUCUUUGGCUAAAUGAGAUUGGGUUUGAUCUCCUAGCUUCAAGCCUUCGACGUUUGUGCAUUGUCGAUUGUGACAACCUAGGGAAGCUACCUCAGGGCGUGUGCAAUUUUAAUUGCCUUGAAGAACUAAUCAUUAUAAGGACUAGAGGACUCACAACCUUGCCUGAGAAGCUGCAGAACCUAAUGUCUCUCCAAAAACUUGAAAUCAGAAGUUGCCCUGCUCUUUUAUCAUUCCCAGAAACAGGGUUGCCCAUUGGUCUUCAGCAUUUUCAUAUCAGAGAUUGCAAGAAUCUGGAAGCUCUUCCCAUGGAGCUACACACUCUAACGUCUCUCCAAACACUUGAAAUCAUGAGUUGCCCUGCUCUUGUGUCCUUCCCGGAAACAAGGUUACCAACUACGCUUCGAGAGCUAUCGAUUCAAUAUUGUGGAAAGCUAAAUUCCUUGCACCAGGGACCGAACAAACUCACAAAUCUUGAACUCCUCCGUAGCUUGGGCGUUCAUAAUCUGGCCUCUCUUGAGUUGCUCAUUCUUGGUGGAUAUCCAGCUCUUGUGUCCUUUCCAAAGGGUUUGCUUCCCACCAAUCUUAAGCAAUUUUACAUCAAGGACUGCCCAAUUCUCGAAUCCUUACAUGAAGGACUCUCUGAUGUAACCACUCUUGAAAAAUUGAGUAUCCAGAAUUGUCCGAUGGUAACACAACGGCGCCAUGAGAAGAAAGGAGAUAUAGAGUGGUCCAAGAUUGCUCAAAUCCCUGAAGUAAUAAUAGAUGGUGAAUUGCAAUAAAGCCUACCUAACCACAUUAAGUCAGGGCUCCUCAGUCAUAAUCUCAGUUUUUUAAGAGGCACCGCAAUGACUGUGAUAAGGAUGUUGAACGUGAGAGAGACAGAGAGAGGAACAGAGACAUUUGAGUGCAGGGAAAAAAGAAAUGCCCUCAAAAGUUUGAUAUUGGUGGCCUUGAGAAUGUGAAAAUAGAGCUUCAAGAGGCAUAAAUUAUCUGGUUUGAGCGUUUACCUCCUCCUACCACCCAGUCCCCACUACACUCCCUUUUCAUUUUGGAAUGUGUUUGCUUGCUAGAAACUUGUGUGCUAUCUAGUAGAAAUUUCUGUUCUUGACUAACCUGGUAAAGAAUCCAAUUUUUAUGAUGUUUUUUCCAAAAUUGGCAUUUCAUCUAUGAUAAAAUUGACUUUAAUUAAUUGUUAGCAAUGCCAAGGAGAGCUUCCUUUCCUGCAGCAGAGCCUGAAGCUAGGGACAUUCUCCUUAGAAUUACUCUGUAUCUGUUUUAGUUUCUUAUGUUGUAUUCAACUAAUUCCAUUCUAAUUUGUGAUUCUUGUCAGCAGCGUCUGAAGAUAGGGACAUUCUCCUUAGUAUUCUAAUUUUUAGAUUAUCUAAACUCUUCUACAAGGGUGUGAACAUUGUCAAAGCCCUUGGCUAUUUUGGCUCAGCAAGACUCGCUCACCUAUUGGUUUGAGUUGAACCUAGGAGCAAACCAUCAUAGAGGAUUUUGGUUAUAGUUUUAUGAUGUUAUUUGUGCUUCUUUUUUUGGUUUCUCUCAUAUCCAAAGGAAACUAGUACAAAUAUUAGGAUCAUAAAUAUUGUUGUUUCUUAUGCUUCACAAAUUGCAAUUGUAUGCCACAAUUUAUCCUAAAUUAAUAUUUUGUUUUGUCCUUUUACCCUUUGGGAUGACAGGAAAUUGUGGGGGGAGAGGCGAAAGAGAUAAAACUUUAUUGCAAUUGGCAUUGAUUGUAUUGACUACUGAUGAAGUCUUUGGAAGUGCUACUCUACGAUUUGUGUUUUCUAUUGGUACUUGUGUUUAUGGAAAAGCAGAGUGCUGGGAGCACAGGAUAAAAAUUGUCUGUUUUUCUUAAUCUCUGUUUUUCCUUGUUUUGCUACCUGCAGAAUACGACACGUCGACAACUUUAAGUGAACGGUCCCGAUGCUUGCUUGGUUGAAGCUCUACCAAAACUGGGUUGAGGUAAGUGAACCAGACCGAGAUAGGUAUGACCCAACCCAACCCGUUAACACCUCUCUUCUUCUUAUUCACUCUCUGUUAUCUCUCUCAUUCCCUUAAAAUCAGUUUCCUCCUCUCUUCUUCUUCUUCUUCUUCUUCACCCUCUGUUAUCUCUCUCAUUCCCUCUUACACGCUAUCUCUCGGUUCAAAGGAUACUUGCAACUGAUCUCAUCUCGGCUAUUCUUGAAAUAGUGAGCGUGUUCAAACAUCAACGAAGCCCCCUGCAACCCUUCUUGACUUCUUCAACCUCUGUUCUCUCUCCUACGCGCUAAUAUCGCUCUCUCUCAGUUGCCUCGAAUUAGAGAGAGAUUUCGAACAUCAAUGAAGCCCCCUGCUGGUUUUCCACAUACAGGUGCGAUCAUCCUAAGAAGCUUCUUACACGCUCUCCCUCUUCAUUGGUUAUCUUGAAUUAUUGAGUGAUUUCGAACAUCAACGAAGCCCCUGCAACUAAUCUCGCACACUUACUGGAUUGAUGACCCUAAGAGAAAUGAAUGCACAACAACGGAUGUGUAGCUGUGGAGAGGUGAUGGUCAUCCGAACUUCUCAAACUGCAAGGAAUCCUGGACGAAGAUUUUCCAGAUGUCUGGUAGACGGAAAACAUCCGGGAUGUUUUAUUUGGUUGGACCCAGUAUCGAGGAAUUAUACUGAGACUAUAGACAUAGGAACAUGUUAUUCAACAGAAAGUGUUAAUAGGAACACAUGGGUCAUCUCAGCUAUUCGUCAACCCUCCUAUAGUCCACAAGUGCGGAAACAAAUACUAGUGGAUCAGUCGUUGCUCAACCAUUAUUAUGGUUUAACCAUCUUCCUAUGUAUUUGGGUGUUAAUUCUCUCGUGCUAUGUCUUUUAUGUAACGGCCUUGUAAAUAGUACUAAAGUCUAUUUCAUAUUAUGUAUGGAGUAAAUACAAGAUCAAGACUUUAUGUAAGACUUCAUAAUUUUUUUUUCC